CCCGCCCCUCUCCGCCGCCGUUCCGUGGCCGCGCUCCCCACGUGCGGCCGCCAUGCGCUUCGCGUACCGGUUCUCCGGCCUGCUGGGCACCGUGUACCGCCGCGGCAACCUCAGCUUCACCCGCGAUGGCAACUCGCUGAUCAGCCCCGUCGGCAACAGGAUCUCCCUCUUCGACCUCAAGAAUAACAAGUGUGAGACAUUGCCCUUGGCAACACGGCUCAAUAUUGUGUGUGUGGGGCUCUCUCCAGAUGGAAGCCUUGCCAUUCUAGUUGAUGAAGAGGGAGCUGCCUUGCUUGUGAGUUUGAUUGGGAAGUGUGUGAUACACCAGUUUUACUUUCACAAGCCAGUUCACAGUGUCAGCUUUUCCCCUGAUGGCAAGAAAUUUGUGGUUACAAAAGACAAUCUUGCUUACCUCUACCAUGCUCCUGGGAAGAAAAGAGAAUUUAAUGCAUUUGUUCUGGACAAAACCUACUAUGGCCCAUAUGAUGAAACAACUUGUAUUGACUGGACAGAUGAUUCCAAGUGCUUUGCAGUGGGGAGCAAGGACAUGUCUACUUGGGUGUUUGGAGCAGAACGAUGGGCAAACUUGAUCUACUACUCUCUUGGAGGCCAUAAGGAUAUCAUAGUAGCCUGCUUUUUUGAAGAGAACAGCCUAGAUCUGUACACAAUUAGCCAGGAUGCAGCUCUGUGUGUGUGGCAGUGUGACACUGAGCUGGAUGGUUUGAAGCCCAUGCCCCCUAAAGAUGCAGCAAAGGAAAAGAAGGCAGCAGAAGAUGAUGAAGAGCUGCUUGAAGAGCCAAAGGGUGAAGAAAUUCAUGGGAAAGUUGAUCCAAGUGAACAAGAGACUAGAAAUAAAGUUAAAUAUUCACGUGUUGCGAAGUAUUUUUUCAAUAAAGAGGGAGAUUUUAAUAACCUGACAGCUGCAGCCUAUCACAAGAAAACACACCUUUUAGUCACUGGUUUUGCCUCUGGAAUCUUUCACCUCCAUGAGCUUCCAGAUUUCAAUCUGAUCCACUCCUUGAGUAUUUCAGACCAAAGGAUAGCUUCUAUUUCUAUCAACUGCACUGGUGACUGGAUUGCUUUUGGAUGUUCAGGACUGGGUCAGCUCCUGGUGUGGGAAUGGCAGAGUGAGUCCUACGUGCUGAAGCAGCAGGGCCAUUUCAACAGCAUGGUUUCCUUGGCAUAUUCUCCAGAUGGACAGUACAUAGUCACUGGAGGGGAGGAUGGCAAGGUGAAAGUGUGGAACACUUCAAGCAGCUUUUGUUUUGUCACCUUUACAGAACACAACAGUGGUGUAACUGCUGUAACUUUCACUUGCACUGGUUACGUUGUUCUGAGUGCUUCCCUCGAUGGAACAGUGCGUGCCUUUGAUCUGCACAGGUACCGGAAUUUCCGUACCUUUACGUCUCCACGACCAAGUCAGUUCUCCAGUUUAGCUGUGGACUCCAGUGGUGAGAUUGUGGCAGCUGGUUCCCAGGAUUCCUUUGAAAUAUUCAUCUGGUCAAUGCAGAGUGGGAGGCUGCUGGAUGUCUUAGCAGGUCAUGAGGGUCCCAUCAGCAGCUUGUCCUUUAAUCCAAUGAAGUGUGUUCUAGCCAGUGCCUCUUGGGAUAAGACUGUCAAAUUAUGGGAUAUGUUGGACAGCUGGAGAACUAAGGAGACAUUUUUGAUAAACUCAGAUGUUCUUGUAGUUGCCUUCCGUCCUGACGGCAAGGAGCUGGCAGUUGCUGCUUUGAAUGGCCAGAUAACGUUCUGGGAUCAUGAGAAUGCAGUGCAGACUGGCUCCAUCGAGGGCAGGCACGAUCUCCAGAUGGGGAGGAAGGAGCUGGAUAAAAUCACAGCCAAGCAGUCAGCCAAGGGCAAAUCUUUUACAACUCUGUGCUACUCAGCAGAUGGUCAAUCUAUUCUGGCAGGUGGAUUGUCAAAAUUCGUCUGUAUAUAUAAUGUCAAGGAACAGAUUCUUAUGAAAAAAUUCGAAAUUUCAUGCAACCAUUCUUUAGAUGCAAUGGAGGAAUACUUAGAUCGGAGAAAAAUGACUGAAUUUGGCAGCAUGGCUCUGAUUGAUGAAGGGGGUGGAGGUGACGAAGGUGUUGCCAUCCCUCUUCCUGGAGUAAAAAGAGGUGACAUGAGCUAUCGACACUUUAAACCAGAAAUAAGGGUGACUUGUGUGCGAUUCUGUCCUACAGGACGAAGCUGGGCAGCCACCACCACAGAGGGUCUGCUGCUCUAUUCACUGGACUCUGGGGUAAUUUUUGAUCCUUUUGAGCUGGAUGUUGAUGUCACACCCAGCAAUAUACGCAAAACGCUGAGUCAGAAGAAAUUCACUCUGGCUAUUGUCAUGGCCUUCAAGCUGAAUGAAAAGAAAUUAAUUCAGGAGGUCAUAGAGGCUGUCCCUAGCAGUGAAGUUGAUGUUGUCUGCUCAUCACUGCCAGACCUGUAUGUGGAGAAGUUACUGGAGUUCCUGGCCUCUGCAUUUGAGACCUCUUGUCACUUGGAGUUCUAUCUUAUUUGGGCUCAUAAGUUGCUUAUGCUGCAUGGACAGAAGCUGAAAACAAAGUCAGUGAAGCUGCUCCCUGUGAUUCAGUUCCUUCAGAAGAGCAUCCAGCGUCACUUUGAAGAUGUUUCAAAACUCUGUGAGUGGAACAUCUACAACAUCAAAUACGCCUUGGCCAUUUCACAGCAGCGGGGCAUGAAACGUCCGGCAGAGGAAACACCAGGGGAUGAAGAAGAAUUGGAUUCUGACAGUGAUUAUCUUAUGCAAGAAGCUCAUAAGGAUAACUUGAGUUCCUAAUUACUCUUUGUGAGAGGGAGAAAACCUCAGACAGUAUUUUAUGCAGUGGUAUUCACUGAGAAUGAGUGGCCCUCAUAGUGGCAUCAGUUUCUAACGGUGUGAUGGAGUUCUGUGGAAGUAGUGAUGGAAAAGUAGGAUUUGCCAUGAAUGGCACUUUGCCUAUUUCCUGUACUGUUUGGCUGUAAACUUGACAACAUAGAUUUCUUGAUUAACUGAUUUCUAGUAUAAAAACCAAAAAAUUGUUCUU